AUGUCCAAGGAAAAUGACCAAUCAUUUGUUCCAGAUAGCUCUUUGGAGGCGACCUCGCGCAGUCCGACUAAUGACAGUUAUGAAUAUAUGCACAGUCAGACCAACAGCAGCUCUGAGUACGUGGACAGUCCUACCAACAGCAGCACUGAGAAUAUGGAAAGUCCUAACAGUAGUUACGAAAACACACAAGCCGUUGCCAAUAAUAGCUACGAAUUCACACAAAGUGUUGCAAAUAAUAGCGUCCAAUACGUACCAAAUGUUGCUGAAGACAGCUACGAAAACGCACAAAAUGUUUCCAACAGUAGUUACAGUAUAACUGAUUCCAACCAAGUGAGCGAAAUGCCGAAUGAAACAAUGAGCACUGGAUCUGAAGAGACUCAAAUGUCUCCAUUAACACUUGACGUCAUGCCCAAAGGCUCGGCCGAGGGCAGCGCGAAAGACGAACGCAUGGACGAGACAGAGGAGCCAAAGGAUGAUGCCGCAGGAGAACUGGAAACCAAACCUGUCGAUACAACCUAUGCUCAUAAGACUGUUGGAACACCUUACUUCAAGGAGGAGGUUGACCAAAGCUCUGGCUCAGGAAAUUUUUAUAAUAAAGAAAAUGAUGACGCGGAGAACAAAGUGAAAAAUGGAAACAAAGACGAUAGGAAUAAAAGUGAUGAAAGUAGCGACGCCAGAAAAGAACCAGAUGAAAGAAACACAACCUCCACAUCGGCAAGCCAGGGCGAGGAUGGCAGUGGAAAUUACAACAACGAAGAAGUCGACGAGUUUUUUAGAGACUAUGACGAGGAUGAGUACGAAGAUGAAGAACCGGUCAAGAGACAAAAUUUGG